GUUUCAUGUUUUGAACGACGGCUGUAUUGCCAGUGGUCCAGCAAGUUGAUCUCCAUAAACACGCGUACAUAAAUAAUGUCUGUCACCCCCAUUGGCAGUGGCACCGACAAUACUCUUCCGAUUCCAGAUUCGACGCUGCAUAUCUACGUCGAUUCUAUGCGCAUUGCGGACAUCUCAAAUUAUUUGGAACAUCUCACAUACCCAAGUUCAAUAACUGGUCGAAUGUAUCGCAUUGAGAGGACAUCGAGCUCAUUCGUAAAGAGCACCGACUUCUUCUAUCUUUAGUGCGAGAGGUAAGCCGUGUGAUUGUAUUCCUAUCCCGAUAUACCUUCAUCUCCUUACCCGCCAACAGUCAUUGUUCUGCUACUUGGUCUUCUGAUACAUACUUGCUUCAAAUCGCAUUGCUCAUGGCACUUCGGCGGUAUACAGCAUCAAUUGAUGGUACCAUUCCAGUCUCUGCACUCCUCUAUGACGAUGAAGAACUUCUGGCAUCCCAGGAUGGCGUAGGCAUAUAUGAUGGUCUGCAGAAAGCUCCUGACUAUCAGACAGGUUCUGUUCACGUCUCUACGCAUCGCCUAUUUUUCGUUCAUUCGCAGAACCCUACUUCAUAUUCUUUUACUAUGGGUCUACUUCAUGUGAUACGGACGAAUUAUUAUGCUGGUUUGUUCAAAUCUUCGUCGAAGGUCUCACUCUUCCUCGACGCCGAUACUGCCCUACCUUUGACCACAACGUCCGGGCAGCGAACAGAAAUAUUCGAGAGCUGGGAAUGCGAAGUCUGCAGCCAUCGCAAUCCUCCAGGUUUGAGUCCAGCUGCAGCUCGAAUAUGUGCUCUAUGUGGCGUUCCGCGCAGCGCAUCUGCGGGGUCAACAGCGUCGGAGGCAUCAUCUCAAAUCCAAUCCUUGUUCUCCUCCCUUACCGAGUCUUCAUACACCUCUCUAUCUUCCUCGAGUUCUCCAGGACCUCCAUCUCCUCCAUCAACGAAUGAUGAUUCUGAUGGAAUUGCGUGUCCUGCAUGUACAUUCCUUAAUCACCCGUCUUUGCGUGUCUGCGAAAUAUGCACAACUCCACUUCCCAAUGUCGAACACGCUGGGAGUAUGAGGGCAAAAUCCGCCCCCUCCACUCGACCAGUAUCGCCCGUAGUCAAAUUAAGCUUCCGCAAGGGCGGUGACAAACCAUUUUACAACGUGCUCAGGCGUGCACUUAAAUCUCAGGCUUGGGAGGGAAAACGUAUUGGUCAUACUGCGAGAAGCGGGACUUCUAGCCUUGCCAUUACAAGCCCUAAUUAUGGGCCGACACCCGUUGCCAUGCGUCCUUCUGGAAUAGAUGGAAUCAUGCGUAACGUAGAAGCUUCGGCCCAUGUUACACAAACAGAUUUGAACGAUGCCCUGAAAGACUUAGAGGGCUUAAUGAUGAAAGCAAAGGAUCUUGUUCACCUUGCGGGGGAGCUGAACGAGAAACUUACUGCAUCCUCUACGACAACCAUGACUUCGUCCCCAUCAACCUCAGGCACCCAAUUGUCAAGUCUAUUUUCAACGACCACGCUUGUUCCCUCAACGGAGCCUGAAGAAGCCAAAUUUAUACGUUCUUCACUUGCGCAACUAGGUUUACAAAUGUCUAAUGCUCCCGUCACGCUAGAUAUGAUCAGGGACGAAAGAAGGUGGGUAGAAGAGUUGGCGCGGGAACUAGCGAGGGUGUUGCAAGGGUCGCCGGAUGAUAUUCCCGGUCAGAAAUCGGUCGGGAUUAUGAAAGAACGGGGGAUUGUCGGACUGGAUGAGGUUUGGGGUGGAUGGAAUCGCGCGAGGGGCGUAGCUUUAAUUCCGCCAUCCACCUUCCUGCAAGUACUCCCUCACCUCCCGGCAUAUACGUCACCACCUAUCCGCAGCAGAGUGUUUAAAUCAGGCUUAUCCGUCCUCCACAUGCCGCCGUACACCCACGCCUCGUUCACGGCCCGCAUAGUGGGAUAUCUUGCCAUGUCCGGUAUGAUGACGACAAGUCAGAUUGCCUAUGAGGAGAACAUUACGAUUGGACUUGCAGAUGAAAUGAUUGCUGCUAUUGAAGCUGACGGUGUGAUCUGCCGGGAUGACAAAAGAUCGGCGAUCAAAGGAGGCGGAAGUGGGACUGCGUCAGAAGUUAGGUGGUCGAGGAACCUCUUCCUGGAAUAUAUUUGGGAUGGUCAAUUGUGAAAAUUCCCCACAACAAAGUUUGCAGCUAGUGCCACAUUGGCCGCUUCAGAUGAGUUGUUGACGACUGUUGGUUGGUAGAUGCUGUGGACCAAGAAACGACCCGGGGAACUCGGGGAACUCGGACAAACAGUGCAACCCUAACUCCGUCAGCAGAUGAUUGUUAACGGUCAGCAAUGGAAGUCAUGACGUUGCUUGAUUUAUGAGCGAAGAACCCGACUUCUGGUCCAAAUGCUUUUCAGGCUCGCACACAUUAAUUUCUGGCGUGUUUGGCAAAAGCUUUAGAACCAAACAAACGCCCGGCGGCCUGCCGCCCGAUCGAUCGACCUAUUACCUGUUUUGGGCGCUUCAACAUCACAGUGAUAUCUACACCUGCCUCGGUAAAGAACUGUUGUUGCCGCGAUGCAUUCACUACAGGACAGGCAAAUCUCG